CUGACGCCGGCUCGUCUGGGCGCAGGUGACGACGAUGCUGAACAGCGCGGUGCCGGCCGCCGGCGACGCGCAGGCCGUCACGGCCGCCAACAUCGUGUUCGUCAAGGAGUUCGUCGCCAACCUGCUGAAGGCCGGCUUCCCGCACUUCACCGACAACCAGAUCAAGAUCACCGUCCAGGGGCUGUUCGAUCUCAAUCAGGACCUGAGCGCGUUUAAGGAGCACAUCCGUGACUUCCUCGUCCAGAUCAAGGAGUUCACCGGCGACGACGCCGACCUGUACCUGGACGACAGGGAGGCGGCGCUGCGGCGAGCGCACGAGGAGAAGCGCAAGCAGCAGGCGGCCGUGCCGGGCAUCCUCAACCCGCACGAGGUCGGCGAGGAGAUGCAAGACUGAGCCGCCGCCGCCGCCGCAGCCGUCCGCGGUCGGUCGCCUAACUUAAUACGUGUGUCGGACGAGUGAGAGGUCUCAUUGCACGCGCGGCCGCCACCCGCGCGGGGUCUACCGUGUCGUUCCAGACAUGCCCCGGCGGCCCGGCCACUCUGUGAUUUUACACUAGUGGAUUAUUUCAGCGUCGCUUUGUUAGGUAUUUUUAGGAUUCAUCUUUCCAGUGUGCGUGCGGCCCAGAGGUGUAGCUUGUUGCGUUGUCGUUGUCGGGGGCGCACCGCGCCGCUGUCCGCCGCCUGCCUGCCCGCCUGUCUGUCUGUCCGUCUGUCCGGCUGUCUGUCUGUGCGUGAGGCUGGCGGCGCGGCCGUCGGCUGGGCCGCGCCUCCCGGCCCCCCAAAGAUACGUGUCCCAUAUGUUUUCUUUCACCGGGUCUCGGACCGGAGAGGCGUCUUCACCCUAAAUAAUAGGUUUUGUACAAAAUAAAUAGCUGUCACCUGA